GGUCGAGAUAAACAGGGAAGAGACAGUCAACAACAACGGUUGCAGGACAUGGAGGGCCGCGAGGAGGUGAUCGCGACAGAAAAGUACGGCUCACAGGAGGCCUGGAAAUACCAGAUAAAGAAUGGAGUCAUACAGAGAGAGAGAACCGGAGAGACCCGAAAUAUCAGAGGAAAAUCCAUCACUGAUACUUUCAAGAUCAUUUUCUUACCUCACGGUUACCCAGAGAGUGUGAGUGAAGAUUACUUGCAGUAUCAGUUAUGGGAUACGGUGCAGGCGUUCUCCAGCUCUCUGUCCGGCACGCUGGCCACUCAGGCGUCACUCAGAGGGGUCGGAGUCGGUGAUCAGGAGGCCACGGUCGCUGCAGCUACGAUCACUUGGUUACUUAGAGAUGGAACCGGGAUGCUGGGAAGAAUCCUCUUCGCCUGGCUCAAAGGGAGCAAACUCGAUUCUGAGGCUAAAAAAUGGAGACUCUUCGCCGACGUUCUCAAUGACAUUGCGAUGUUUAUGGAGAUCGCCGCGCCCUACUUCCCUCCGUUCUUCACUCUCAUCGCGUGCAUCGCUGGACUUUUUAAGUGGAUCGUCGGCGUGGCCGGAGGCGCCACCCGAGCCGCGCUCACCGUCCAUCAGGCUCGCCGGAACAACAUGGCUGACGUCUCCGCCAAGGAUGGGAGUCAGGAGACGCUGGUGAAUCUGGUGGCUCUGGUGUUUAGCAUGACGCUAAUCCCGCUCGUCAGCGAUAACCCAGCGCUGACGUUCAUCCUCUUCUUCCUCUUCACCGCGCUCCACCUCUUCGCCAACUACAGGGCCGUCAGGUCCGUCGUCAUGGAGACGCUAAACGAGGCUCGCCUGUCCAUCCUCCUCCGUCAGUAUUUGCGUGACGGACGGAUCCUGACACCAUCGGAGGCCAAUCGGAGGGAGCCUGUGUUCCCGGAGCUCAGGCAGAAAGUGCAGAUCAGGCUGGGCGUGAGACUGGGCGACAUUAUUAAAGACGCCCGGGAGCUUCAGCAAACCCUGAGGAGCAGCACCGGAUCGUAUCUGCUGGGAAUACAGGACGGGAGUGUGGGCGUGUGUCUGGGCGUCGACACGUCGGUUCGUGACGAGAUCAUGGCCGUGUGCCAGGCUGUGUGUGUCAGUACCGCGUUAGACUCUUCACCCAAACACGGAGCACUUAGACGCCUCUCCGAAAUCACAGACUCCGGGGAGCUGAUCUCAGAAAGUCACAAGCUGAUGGAGCAAAUCUUCCCUCCCUUCAUCACAGGUCUGGAGGAGGCCAAGUGGCGGACGGACAGGACGCUGCUGGACUGGAACGAAUGGCGAGCGGAGUGGAGAAAGAAAAGCGACUGAAAAGAACCAGGCGUGAAUGAAGAGGAGGGACGACGAAGAACCUGAAGAGCAGUCGGACGCUUUUAGCUGCGGAAGGAACCCUGGAAACUUUUAUUACUGUUCCAUAUGAAUUUAAUUCUGUAAUUUUCUAUCAGACAUGAAUUUAAAAUCAGUUUACACGAUUCAGUUCAAUCAUUUCUGCUGUUGGUGCGACAGAAUAAAACACUUCUAUAUAAAAAACA